UCCGGGCAAGAUGGCCGCGGUCGGGGAGUCGUGGUGCGGGGGCCUCGCGCCGGGCGGCGACCUCUAGGCCGAGUCGGAGGCGAAGGUCACGGCGUCCUUUCCGUCGUCUGUGUCGCCGAGUUUGCUUUCUGUGCCGCCGUCCUCGAGGAUGGGGCACGGCUAGGCCCUGCCUGUCCCCAGCCCUGAGAUCGGAGCCCUGACCGCCCGGAAGAGAAUUCUCGAGGUAUGGACGACCAGGGUGACCCGAGCGCUGAGGAGACGCCCAGGGCCGUCAAGCCCACGAGCAAGGAGUUCCGGAAGACGUGGGGCUUCCGCAGGACCACCAUUGCCAAGCGCGAGGGGGCCGCGGAUGCCGAGCUGGAGGCGCUGGAGCAGCAGCCCCCGCAGCAGAGCCUGUCCCUGCGGCGCAGCGGGCGGCAGCCCAAGCGCACGGAGCGCGUGGAGGAGUUCCUGACCACCGUGCGCCGCCGCGGCCGGAAGAGCGCGGCUGUGUCCCCCGAGGACUCCGGCGAGCCCACGUCCUGUCCGGUCACCGACGCGGAGACCGCCUCGGAGGGCAGCGUGGAGAGCGCGGGCGAGUUGAAGAGCGGGCUCCCGCCGGCGCCUCGGGGGGCCAAGGCCUCCCCAGAGUCCGCGGCAGCCAAGGCGGGCGGCGGCGAGGAGGACUCCUCAGACAGCGACAGCGACGGGCUGACGCUGAAGGAGCUUCAGAACCGCCUGCGGAGCAAGCGAGGGCAGGAGCCCUCCGAGAGGCCCCCGAAGGGCGGUGUCCAGAACCGCCUGCGGAGGCGGCGGCGCGAGGAGGAUCCGCCAGAAGCCGAGGGCGGCGAGGCCGGGCGGCCCGCGGAGAACUCGGCGCCCGACCGGCCGGAGCCCGAGGCUGAUCAGGGGCCCGGGGCCCAGGCGGCCCAGGAGGGCGGGGAGAGCCCAGCGGACGGGCAGGCGAGCCCAGGGCCAAAGGACGGAGAGGCCAGCAGGCCCAAGCCGGAGUGCGAGGCCUCCGACCCCGGCGCCCUGUACUGCAUCUGCCGGCAGCCUCACAACAACAGGUUCAUGAUCUGCUGCGAUCGCUGUGAAGAAUGGUUUCACGGCGACUGCGUGGGUAUCUCCGAGGCCCGAGGCCGACUCCUGGAGAGGAACGGGGAGGACUACAUUUGCCCGAACUGCACCAUCCUGCAGGCGCAGGAUGAGGCGGACCCCGAGGGUGCAGACCCGCAGGGGCCCAGGGCCGGGCCCACGGCUGCCGAUGGCAGCGACGUCACGAGCAUGGGGACCGUGGAGCAGAAGUCUGGCGAAGACCAGGGCAUAAAGGGCAGGAUCGAGAAAGCUGCAAAUCCCAGUGGCAAGAAGAAGCUCAAGAUCUUCCAGCCUGCUGUCGAGGCUCCUGGCACCGCUCGGUGCAUCGGGCCUGGGUGCUCGAGCGCGGCACAGCCUGACUCCGUGUACUGCAGCAGCGACUGCAUCCUGAAGCACGCCGCGGCCACCAUGCGCUCCUUGAGCUCGGGUAGAGACCAGAAGCCAAAACAGAAGGAGAAGAGCAAGGCGAAGCCGGAAAAGCCGAGUCUCCUCAAGUGCAGCGUCCAGGCAGGUGUUAAAGUUUCUUCUGUGCACAAGAGACCAGCUCCAGACAGGAAAGAAAAUGCCAUGAAGAAGGCGGUGGUGGCUCUCCCAAGGAACGAGGGCCUUGUGAAGGAGGCCCCCAGCGAAAGCAGCACCCCGUCCUGGGCAAGCGACCACAACUACAACGCUGUCAAGCCAGAAAGGACCCCCGCCCUCUGGCCGGCCCUGGUGUGCGCAUCCACAAAGGACGACAGGCGAGCGGAGGAGACCUCAGCCAUAGCAGCAGCGGUGCCCAAGAAAUUGGCCCCUCCAGGUUCCUCGGCGGGCGGCAAGCAAGCUUCACCCAGAAAUCUCCUCCCAAAGAAGACGCCUCUCACCAGCGUGGCUACAGCCAAACCAUCCUUAAAGAAAUCGCCGUCUGGGUUCACGGGCGCCAUCCCCAAGAGGCCAUGGCUGUCGGGAGGGGCCGGCGGGGCCAGGCCGGCGGGGCUGGCUCCGGGGGCCACCGCGUCUGCUCCCCGGAAGUUGCCUGCUUCUGCUGCUGUGGUGGGGGCCGCGCGGAAGUCUGGGGCCGCCACCACGCCCUUGGCGUCUCCAGCUCCUGGACGCCUGGGGGGCUCGGGCCCAGCCCCUUCACAGCCAAAUUCGCAAAUUCGGCAAAAUAUCAGGCGCUCCCUGAAGGAGAUUUUGUGGAAAAGGGUCAGCGACAGCGACGACCUGGCCAUGACGGAGGCGGAGGUGGGCAAGGUCGCGCUGCACAUCGAGAAGGAGCUGUUCAGCCUGUUCCGCGGCACCGACACCCGCUACAAGAGCAAGUACCGCAGCAUCAUGUUCAACCUCAAGGACCCAAAGAACCAGGGCCUCUUCCAUCGCGUCCUGCGUGAAGAGAUCUCCUUGGCCAAACUCGUGAGGAUGAAGCCAGAAGAGCUGGUGUCCAAGGAGCUGUCCAUGUGGAAAGAGAGACCCGUGAGAUCCGUGGCAGAGCCCCGAGCCCGGCCGCGCGGGGAGAGCAGGAAGACGGCCGCCAAGCCGGAGCCCCUCCCGGACAUGGAGGACUCGCCGCCUGUGUCAGACUCCGAUGAGCAGGAGUCCGCCCGGGCAGCCCCCGAGAAGAGCGCGGCACCCGCCCUGGACGUCUUCAGCAGCAUGCUGACGGACACCACAGGCCAGCACCGGGCGCAUCUGUUCGACCUGAACUGCAAAAUCUGCACCGGCCAGCUGCCCUCCUCGGAAGACGAGCCAGCUCCCAAGAAGCAGAAGCUCUCCAUGCCUGCCAGGAGGGAGGACUCGAGGCCCAAGCGGGAGGGCCCCACCCCGGAGCCUGGGCUCAGCCCUGCAGACGACGCACUGCCGGAGACCACAGCCGAGAGCGCCCCCGAGCCCGAUCGGAGCAGUGCACCCCGGCCACUCCUAGAGAAGAAGGCCUUCCCUGGUCCACCGGGGGACCCCGAGUCCUCCACCCCGGAAGGCGCCUCCUGCGGGGCUGGGGUGCUCACCACCGUCACGGUGUCGGGCCGGGACCCCAGGACAGCCCCCGGCAGCACGUGCGCGGCCCCGGCUCCCUCCGCCGCCCGCCCAGACGGCACCCACGCAGUAGAGCCCCGCCCUGACGCAAUGAAGCCUCCCGUGACCUCUGUGACGCUGCCCAAGUCCAUCCUGGCCAAGCCAUCGUCCUCGCCCGAGCCUCGAUACCUGCUGUCCGUGCCCCCGUCGCCAGGCCUUGGAGCCUCGGAGCCUCGGUCCCCGCCCGAAGGGGACACGACCCUCUUUCUGUCUCGACUCAGCACCAUCUGGAAGGGCUUCAUCAACAUGCAGAGCGUGGCAAAGUUCGUGACGAAGGCAUACCCCGUGUCCGGGAGCUUCGACUACCUCAGCGAGGACCUGCCCGACACCAUCCACAUCGGCGGGAGGAUCGCCCCGAGGACCGUCUGGGACUAUGUUGGCAAGCUCAGGUCUUCCGUGUCUAAGGAGCUGAGCCUGGUGCGCUUCCACCCCGCCACUGAGGAGGAGGAGGUGGCCUACAUCUCCCUCUACUCCUACUUCAGCAGCCGCGGCCGCUUUGGCGUGGUGGCCAACAACAGCCGGCACGUGAAGGACCUCUACCUGAUCCCGCUGAGCGCCAAGGACCCCGUCCCCUCCAAGCUCCUGCCCUUCGAGGGCCCAGGCCUUGAGUCACCACGUCCAAACCUGAUCCUGGGGCUGGUGAUCUGCCAGAAAACCAAGCGUCCCGCGGCCGCCGGAGAGCCGGACAAGCCAGAUGAGAAGCGGGCCCGGCCGCAGGUGCCUGAGGACGCAGACACCCCCAAAGCGCCAGUCGCCCCGCCAUCUGACAAGAAGGGCCCCAAGUACCAGCUUGGUCCUGGGGAACCGGCCAGCAGCACCCCCCCACAGUCCCCACCCCCGCCGCCGCCUCUCCCAGAACCACCCGCGCCUGCCCCCUCGUCGGUGCUCAAGUUCCUGUCGUCCCUCAAGCCCGGUGCCCCCAGCGCCGCUGCACCGCCCACCACGCCGCCCGCGGCCCCCGCGGCCGCGUCCUCCACCACCGCUGCCCCCAAGACGGCCUCCCCGCUGGAGCACAUCCUGCAGACGCUCUUCGGGAAGAAGAAAGCCUUUGACCCUUCCGCCAGGGAGCCUGUGGACUCGGCCCCGGCCUCCCACCCCGACGGCAAAGGCAAGGCCGAGGGCGGGCUGCCCGCAGCGCCCCUGCUCGACCCCAUCGUCCAGCAGUUCGGCCAGCUCUCGAAGGACAAGGCUCUGGAGGAGGAGGAGGACGACCGGCCCUAUGACCCCGAGGAGGAGUACGGGCCCGAGCGAGCCUUUGGGGUCCCGCUUGGCGAUGGGGGGCGGCGCCCCGACACCGACCCGGCGCCCGAGCCCGCGGAGCGCGAGGAGGUGGCCUAUGACCCUGAGGACGAGACCAUCCUGGAGGAGGCCAAGGUGACCAUCGACGACCUGCCCGGCCGCAUGUGCGCUGACCUGCGCGGGGGCCCCGCCGCCCCCUCGCUCGUGGAGCAGCAGCAGAUGCUGGAGGAGCUGAACAAGCAGAUUGAGGAGCAGCAGCGGCAGCUGGAGGAGCAGGAGGAGGCGCUCCGCCAGCAGAGGGCCGCCGCCGGCGCCUCCAUGGCCCACUUCUCCGUGUCAGACGCGCUCAUGUCCCCGCCGCCCCGGCCGGCCCUGCCUCGGGCCGAGCUCUUCCCACCAGAGCAGCCGGCCGCAGGCAGGCCUGCCGCGCUCCCCGCCCCCGGGCCACCCGCCGGAGACUCCAGACCCAGCAGGGACCCCCGGCAGGCCCGGCGCCUGGCGGCCGAGAGCGGCGAGGCCGAGGCUGGCCCCAAGGCUGCCGCCAGGGAGGCACCCGGAGCGGCCGCCCAGGAGGAGCAGGAGCUGGGGCCCCCGCCCUGGGCGCCAGGCGACGGGGCUCUGCCGCCCGCCCAGCAGGAUGGGGUGCUGCUGCCCACGCCCCCCAGCACGGCCUUCCAGCCCAGCCCCCCACUGCAGCCGGAUGGCCCCGGGGGGAGGCCCCCGUUCCCUGGCCCUGGGCCAGCGGCGCAAGAGGGGGCACUCGGCCCCUCCCCGUACGACGGUCCACGACACCCUCAUUUUGCUGACAGAAGCGAUGGUCCCGUCCCCGACGCUGAAGGGGACAGAGGCAGACCCGGGGAGGGACCCCCUCUGUUCCUGCCCUCCGGGCCCAAGGGGGGAGGGCCUCUGCCCCAGCUGCAGGGCUCGCGAGAGCCAGCCCCACGCCCCUUCGGGGUGCCAGGGCUGCACAGCCCCGCCUUCCCAGGACCCAGGGGCCCGGCCCCUCCGUUCCCAGAAGACAGCGUGACUCCUAGUAACGACGGGCCCAGGGGGCCCCUGCCGGCCAGGUUUGGGGCCCAGAAGGGGCCCAUCCCGUCCCUGUUCUCAGGGCAGCACGGGCCAUCUCCUUAUGGAGACCCUAGGGGCGCUGCCCCCUCCUACCUGGGGGGCCCCAGAGGAGCAGUACCCCCCGCAUUGGAGGAACGCAAGGACCCCCACGGGGACAAGCGGGAAUUCCAGGACCCCCCUUAUAAUGAGGUGGCAGGGCCUCCUGGCCAGUUUGAAGGGCCGGAGCCGGCCCAGUUCCUGGGGAGCAGAGGGCCCACCCCCUUCCAGUUUGGAGGCCAGAGGCGGCCUCUGCUGUCUCAGUUUAAAGGGCCCCGGGGGGGGCCUCCUCCCGCUCAGUUUGGAGGUCAGCGGGGCCCCCCACCUGGCCACUUUGUGGGCCCCCGGGGGCCACACCCCCCUCAAUUUGAAACUGCCCGGGGCCCCCACCCCAAUCAGUUCGAAGGACCCAGAGGCCAAGCACCCAGCUUCAUGCCGGGGCCCCGGGGGAUGCAGCCUCAGCAGUUCGAGGAGCAGAGGGUCAACUCGCCCCCGCGGUUCGCGAAUCAGAGGGCGCCCGCGCCCCUUCCCUUCGGGGGACCCAGGGCCUCGGCUCCGUUUCCCGACGGCAGCGAGCCGGCACCCCCACGCUUCCACUUCCAGGGCCCUCCGGCGGGGAAGCUGGGCCCUCGGCCCCUGCUGGAGCUGCCCAGCCACCCCCCGCAGCACCGCAAGGACCGCUGGGACGAGGGGGGCCCGGCCCCUGCCCCUCCCGCAGGUGCCCCCGGGCCGGGGCCCGGGCCCGAGACCGACGCCCAGUGGGCCGCAGCCGAGUGCCGCGAAGGCCAGGGCCACGAGUACCGGGGCCAGGCCUUCGAGGGGCGGCCGCGGGAGCGCUUCGAGGCGGGGCCCAAGGAGAAGCCGGCCGAGGAGCCCGAGGGCCCGCUGCCCGACUGCCGGCCGGGCCGGGCCCUGGAGGAGCGCAGGCGCGACCGGGAGCACGGCAAGCCCUGGGAGCGGGAGCGCAGCCGGGCCUGGAGCCGGGAGCGGGACUGGGACCGGGGCCGCGAGUGGGACCGGCACCGGGAGAAGGACGCGGGCCGCGAGUGGGAGCGGGGCAAGGAGCGGGGCGCCGGCCGCGACAAGGACCGCGAGUGGGGGCGCAGCCGGGAGCACAGCCGGAACCGGGAGCGGGACCGGGACCGCAGGCGCGGCCGGGACAGGUCCCGCAGCAGGGACCGGGACGGGGACCGGGGCAGGGCCCGGGAGCGCGAGCGGGGCCGCGACCGCCAGGACCGCAGCAAGAGCAAGGAGGGCGCCCGGGAGCCCAAGGCCGAGGCGCCCCGGGCCGCCGCCCCCGCCCCGAGCUAGGCGGGCCGGGCUGCGACUCUGUAAAUGUCGUGUACACGGUUUCCUACCAAGAUUUGACACCUUUGUGGCCGCGCUUUUUAAAAAACAGAAAACGCGAAACGGUAUUUCCAUUUGAAGUCUCUGAAAUGGGAAGUGUCGCCGGAGCACGUGGCUUUCUCCGGCCGGGCCGGGCGGGGCGCGGGGCGGGCGCGGGCUUUCCCCUCUCGCGGGCUUGGGUCGCAAAUUCCAAUGGAGAAAGCAGCCGCCUCGAGUCCCGCUCGGUUCCCGCGCGCGGCCUUCAGGAGCGAGGCGCCGCCUGGCCCCGAAGAGAUGCUCCGGCGCCCUCGGGCCGGGCCGCGCCGCGUUGGCGGGAGGCGUUGUUGUCACUGAGAAUGGCGCCGGGCGAGCGCCGGGACCCCGCCUGCCCCUGCGCGCGGGCGCGUCCUGAAUGUGAAGCGCGCGAGCCUAAUUUAUUCGACUGUACAAAUACACUUUGGUCCUUUUUUUAUGUUUUCAUAAACUUACUU